AACUGAAAUUUCCUUCAACUGAAUUUCCGUCAACUGAGACUUGACUGUGCUUAGAAAUGGAACGCGCCGCUGGGCUUUUACCGAAUCUGACGACCGUUGCCCCUCUACUAGCGUUUCGUUUCUACGACUCAUCACCCUGUGAACAGGAUGGACAAGCCGAAGCUGGUUGCCAGCGGCGUGUGGCUAUUCGAGCCAACGAGUGGGUCUGACGAGUUGACGUCUAGCACAAAAGAUGCCACAAAGUCCCCUAUCCGUGCGGUUCUAAUUUUUGGUUGGAUGGACGGGACACUCCGGCAACUACAACGCUACGUUCACUGGUACUUAACCUCCAAGCAACUCCCUGUCGUCCUCGUUCUGUCCCAGCAGAAAGACUGGUUGCAGUCCCGGUCCACCACUAUUCGCGUAAAUGAAGCCGUUGUAUCAGCCUUGGAAAAGAGCGACAUCCGAGUGAGGGAGCAUUCCUCUGUGGCCACAGCGGGAGAAGACGGCGACGGUCACCGGGAUACCGCGGUUUUCAUACACAUUUUCUCAGACGGUGGAGCGCGAGCCUGGACCCAGUUCACAGAUUACGUUCAGAAAGUCUCGAAUGGGAAAGGAAUUCCAACCGGAGGCAUUGUUCUUGACUCUUGCCCAGGGCGCUUCACCGUCUCGACGGCGGCUGCUGCAUUUGCAGCCCCCAUUCGCAACCCGUUCAUGCGGAUUGCCUAUCUCGCAUUUCUUUAUCUUGGCCUAACUGCCACCAAGUUAUAUCACUCGCUGCCUUUUGCCCCUGCUGACUUCAGUCAACUAUCCCAGAAAGCGUUGCUGGAUCCUGCUCGAUUUGGUGUCCACCGAUCCGUGCGUACGCCAUGCAAAACAACGCCACCUCUUCCUCCUCCGCCGCCACGCCUUUAUCAGUAUUCUGAAGCGGAUCAAAUGGUCCUGUAUCGAGCCAUUGAAUCAAGCGCAGUUAUGGCCUCCCGGCUUCAUCCAGAUGCUCACGUUGUGACGAAGAACUGGAAAAAUACGCCCCAUGUACGGCACAUGCUCAGGGACCCGCCCUUGUACUGGGGCUUGGUCGAGAAUUUGUUUAUGGAAGCUAUGCAGUAUCGCCGUCGUAUGUUUCGUUAGAGGCCUAAACUCAUUUAUAUUCAGGAUUAUGUGGUGCCCGCUGGUGUCGCCUAUUUUUGCAGCCGCAAUAGGACCUAUGCUCCUAGAAGAGCAUGAAAGAAUUUCCCUUCACUUCCAGUUGUACAUAUACAUCGCACAAAGCCUGUUUACAUAAAGCCGUUGCUACCAUUUACGACGUAUUUGGCGGACUGACGAUGCG